AUGGCCGAAAGCGUCACAGAAAACAUGAUGGCCACGACGACGACAAACGAUGGAGAAGCCAAAAUCUCAGUAGUAAGUAGUACAGAACCGGUGACUUCAUUAAAUGAACCAAUGAUGUUGGAUACGACGACGACGACGGCGACGAGAGCAGGCGAACAACAGAUAAGUGUUGUUGAUGAUGGCGCACUCCAAGCAGUUCUAAGUUCCAUGACCGAACCAGAAAUGCAUGCGUUCCUGGAAGAACUUAAUAAAACAGGAAAAGCAUAUUUACCUGGUAUUGGACAAACGAUUGAACUUUUGACCGUUCCUGCUCCUACUGAAACAUCAACAGUUCUGCCUGUCGCUAUACCUGCACCCCAAUCGUCCUCAUCAGCGGCGAUUCUUCUUCAAGAGCUAACAACAUUGAUUCAGCAUCCUCCAAAUGAUAUUGUACCGAUUGAGAUGCAGCCAAACCAUCCCCGACAAACUUAUGUGAUUCCAUCAGAUUCACGCCAAGCUCGUAAUGCGAAUACCUAUGUUGGUAGUAGUGGCCGACCAGGUACUGCUGUUAAAUCAACAGUAUCGUCGAACAAUGGAACAGCAAUUCGCAAAUCUUCGCAGCAAGCAUCAAUCACUGAUGAUCGAAUGUUCUUCGGACGAUCACCCUCAUCGAACCACACCACGAUCGGACAAGGGCAGUAUCAUAACCGUAUUGGAUUGAUGGCAAACAGACAAUCACAGGUAACGAUUUCGCCAGCAGCCGGACAUCAUCAUCAAUCAGCUCAACGGCGACCACUUUCUUGGUACGAGAACCGUUUUCGACGCCACUCCUCUGGCGAUGAACUCGAUUCCGACCUUGACUUAUCUCCACCCUCAUAUUCAAUCAAUAGUAAUGACAAUCAAGGUCCAACGCGCCGUUCCACACGUAUUCCAAAACCAAAACAAGAUGCUGACUUCGUUACAUUUCCACUCUUAGAUCGUGAUGAACAAGAAAAUCCGCUAACACCAACGCCAUCAUCAAUGCCUCUGCACAAAGUUGAUGACGACGAAGAUGAUAUACCGUAUCGUCUAAUGGAUUAUCCUCGUCCAUCACAACAAUCGCAGUCGUCGUCGACUAAUUCGUCAAUGACACUAGCUGGUCCCGGGCGAAAACCACGAACAGUUGCUGAACUACGUGCAACAGCCGCUCAAAAUAAGAAACAACCGCGCUGGGCAGAUGAUGAACUGUACCAUGUUAAGUCGCACGUGCCAUUGAUCAUGCCGCAACAAAUCACAAAUCCAUCGACAAUGAAAAACAAAAUGACAAUGUGCAAACCAUUAGUAUCGGAACGAGAAGUAGAGGCGAAGCCGACACGAUUCACUAUUGCCACACAAACAGAAAUGGAACAUAUGAUUCCCGACGUGCCGCUAGUAACAUUGCCUGUGCCGAUUUAUCUUCCAUCGCCAACGCCAAGUUAUCGAUUGUUUAAACCAAGAGCAGUACCGAUCCCCGUACCAGUCUUUGUACCAGUUAUGAUACCAGUGCCUAGACGAGCUUAUAAAAAUAUCCGCGAAUAUCUUCAAGCCCAACGUGAUCUGUUACCCGAUGACCCAUUUGAGGCCGCGCUUGUUCUGCAUGCAGAAAGUCUUGUACGGGCAGAAAAUCAGCCGCAACAAAUAACAUUAAGUCAUACGACUGACUCACUGACGAUGAUGGACGCCACCGGCGAUGGUUUCUGCUUGCGAACAUCUCAAACAAUGGCGAGCCUUCCUGAACUAGAUUUAGAGGCGCAUUACCUCGAUCCGGUAACAUCAAAUGAGUCAGAAGUUCAAAAGCUUCUUCGAAUGUUACCUGAUGCUGAGUGUCGUCUCAAAUGGACAUACGGCGUUGAAGCUUUUCAACAAUGGUGUGCACAACGCAACAGAUCUGCCCUAUCUUCAUCAAGUUUGAUUCCCACAUCCGAAAAUUUAAUUAAAUCAGACUUACUUUCAUACACAAAUGCCGAUGAAUUACAACAUAUUCUGAGCAUAUUCAUUACUGAAACUCGCCGCCCAACAGGCAAUGAAUACCUACCAGAAAGUAUCUUCUACCUCUGCUUAGGCAUACAAGAGUACUUAAACAUGAACAACCAUUCAAUAGAUUUAUUCAAUCCUUGCUAUGUUGAAUUCAAUUCAACAUUGAAUAAAAUUCUCUCAAAUUAUUCACCACGUCUUUCUCCAAUCACGAAUAAUUAUGUGUCGUUGAUUAAUGAAGAUAUCUUGUACGAUGCACGUCAAUUGGGUAACUUAACACCAUGGUCUUUACUAACAACGCUUAUCUAUAUAAACACAAAAUACUUCAAUUUGAAAACGGUGGAAUCACAUAUGGCGAUAUCUUUUGCAAAUUUUGGAAAAUAUUCUCAAUGGGGACGUGUUGCAACGAGUGCACCACAAGGGCAACAGAUCAAUUAUCUGAGAUUUUAUGCUUAUAACCCCGAUUUGAAAUCGUUGGCAGAUUCUCCGACUGUUUACGAAAUCAUCGAACAAAUCGACGAUCAAAUUCAUUGUCCCAUACAACAAUACGAUUUUUACAUUUCCAAAUGUCCUGAACAGAUUCGUGGUACAGCGGACGUUUUCUAUCUCAAGCCAUUAGCAGGCCAAGCCUUGGAGAAUUCGCUUUGGUUCUCCAAUGAAUCACUACCAUCAACAACACUUGAACAAAUUCUCAAUCGUCUUAAACUCUUGCCUGAUUACUAUCAUCAAACCAAACCUGUUCAAACCAGUUCAACAUCAGCAGAUCUUAUUUAA